CAGGAAGGCUCGCGAAAGUGGUAAGGGCGGCCUCUCCAUUUCACUUCUUUUUCUACGCCAACCGACAAGGCGGCGUGAUUUGAGAGACGGCAGUGUGGUGGCACAGUCUGAGAGGACGUGACUCACAGCGUUGCUCCAACACGCUCGCUCGCUGGGCGCCUAACUUCUACUUCAGCUCCUUCGAAGGACCGACGCGCCCGAACUGCCAGACACAUCGCUCAGCAUGGCUGCCGUAGCCCGCUGCUCCUUGCUGGGGCUCCCCACCGAGAUUCGACUGCAUAUCUACCAGCUGCUCUUCGCCUCGCUUGAAGUCCGUGUCCAACGAGGUCCAGAACGCCUGCACAGCGAUGUCCGCUACGAAACGUCGAGCGACGACAACGACGACGACGACCGCGAAGAAGAGUAUGAUGCCGAGCAGGUGGAAGAGCAAGACAGACCUGGUCGCUUUGUGGACACCGACGGCCGCAAUGCUGAAGUCUCCUGGCGCGAUUGGACUGCGACAUCAGAUCGAAAUGUAGCCACCAGCCGGGGCCUGUCCCUGUUGCCGGGCCUGCCGCUCGAGGUUCGCGCACUCCGCUGUGUGUGCAAGCAGAUAUCCAGCGAGAUCGACGACAGCUGGCACUCGGCCGUCACCUAUCACUUCGCCUCGACAGUCGCCUUCGUCGAUGUGCUCAGCCAAUGGGCAGAUGAGAAGCUCCGCGCGCUUCGCCAUAUAUACGUGGUGGACACUCCUUUGCCAGUCUACGCCUUCGCGAAACCAGAUUUCUAUGUCACUCACAACUUCAACGAAGCUUUGUCGCUUUUUCCAGGUCUACAGCUCGACUCACUCACCGUUGAGAACGUCUGGCUUUUGCCGGGUGGGAAACCUCGCGAUGCCUGGUGCGCCUCCGCUACCACGGGCACUCUGAAGCGUCUUCUGACCACCGAUGGAUGGAGAACACUACGCUACAUGUCCGGCAUACUCCCACUGUCACCCACGCAAAUGAAGCAGCUCGACAUGGCCAUCGAAACCUAUUGUAUCGAGAAGCAAGAGCCAGAUUUCCGCUAUGGACUUGGCCGAGUCAGGCCGCAACCAUAUUCGUCGCACAAUAUACUGAUUCCCGGUGAACCCCCCGAAGAUGAAAAUGUGACCAAAGAACUUGUCGAGCAAUGGUAUAAAGAGCAUCCUGAGGAAGUCCCUCUCCGAGAGGAGGAUCACUAUCUCGACGAUGUGAAGGAGUUGCAUCUUGCAAUGUGGGCCCAACGCGGUGCAAAUUCGACCUUUACGCAGGACGGAAGCGCCAUUUCGUCGACUCUAGAGAGUCUGAAAUCGAACAUAUCUUGGGUUGAGCUGAGGCAGACUGAUGACUAUCUUGUCGAUGAUGGAGUCGAGGAUCCAGCUAGCCAUCUUUGA